AUGCUAAGAGCUAGUUGCACGAAAAUAGCUGCCCGUCAACUGCUGCGCAUAUACCGUGUGCCUCAGCGCACGUUGUUUUUGUCGGCCAGGACUUUGCAGGCCAAGUCUUUAAAAGUGGAGAAAACCAGUGACGAUCAAGAGGCUUCAACCACAACUCCCUGGUACAUGAAUGUGGUCGAAAAACCUACUGAUGACUCUAUAUUCCAGAAACAGGACAUAAAACUACCAUCAAAUGCUCCCAAUUCCUUAGUAGAGAUCACAAAUUUUCUCAGGGACGAUCUAGGGCUUACAGACAUAUUGGUCUUUGAUUUGCGCUCUGAAAAAGACUCUUACUCCACGGCAGCAACGAAGAUCAGUGACUUUAUGGUUUUGGGGACUGCAACCUCCACCAAACACUGCCAGAAGGGGUUUGUAGAGCUCAAUUCUCUACUCAAACGUGAAUUCAAAGUUGUGGGCCAAGUCGAGGGCAACGUAAGCAGUAAUGAAUUACGCAAGCAACAAAGGCGCCUUGCAAGACACACAAAUUUAAGCAAAUCCUUGGGCUCAAAUACUACAACUACAAGAAGCAGUGCUCUUAUGGAAUCUUGGUACAUGAUCGACUGUCAUGUGGACGGAAUCUUUGUCAAUAUUCUGACUGACAAAAGACGCCGUGACAUGAACUUGGAAGAACUAUAUGCACCAGAAGCCGAACGCCAUCUCUUUAGACGUGAAGAAAACUUGAAGCAAUCGUUGGAAGACGAAGAAGAAGAUAAUGUACUAGCGGGUCUCAAACGACUAGCGGCACGUAACCAACGCCGCUUUUACUCCACUGCCAACUCAGACCGGGAUCUUUUCGAAGCUUUACAGCAACAAGAUUUUAUUCGGGCGAACAAUUUGAUUGCAAAUACGGAUUCUCCUCCGCUGCGCAUUCUCAAGACCCUCACUGGUGCGUUAGCAUCCAUGGAUUCCAAAACCGAAAUACAUUUCAACAAGUGGAAAAAUUCCUUUGAUAAAGCAUGGCCACUCUUUUUCACCGAUAAUGGAGAAGAAUAUUGGUCCACCAGACUACAUUUCAUCAAAUUGAUCAACUGCGCCUGCCCGCAUUUGUACGGAAUAGACAAAAUACUAACAGACUAUCUCGAGUUGAAACUAGCGCUCGGUGGGAGGCUAACUAAGUCAGAUAUUGUCGAGUUUUUACAAAUGGUCGUAAUAACGCUUAAUGAAAAGCCAAAUGGUGACUACUGGGACUUAACUAAGAAAAACAAAUAUGUAGUGCGUGCUCUGGCAUUAUUUCAAAGUGUGGAACCACAGAUUGUAAUGGACGAGGAGGUCAUGCCUUUGAUUCUGCGAACAAUGGCUUUCCUUAAUAGAGAUUCCACAGAUUCACUACAUGCUCUCUAUGAGAUAAUCGAUUUUAUUUGCGUAGAGUACAAAGAGCAAAUACCAUUAAGCGUUGUGAACACAGUUAUGCAAAUUCUCGCGCAUAAAAAAGAUUGGCCCAAAUUCUUGAGCUUUUGGGAAAAAGGGAUUCAAUUACCAAAUCGUCAGGAUUACAGACCGUGGAAUAUUUUUUUGGAUUCAAUAACCUCGUCAGGAGAUAAAGCGUUAAUGCUCAAGAUCAUCAACGAGGGCCAUUUACUUUGGUUGAAACGUAAUAAUGUGAUUAUUACACCAGAAAUUCAGAACUCGGUGAAUGAAUUUUUUGCGGCAGUGGAUCCCACUGGUAUAACAUUCAAAGAACUUAAGGAUUACUUGCUUGCAUGA